GGCCUUUUUCCCCAUUACCUCCCCCACCCAGAUAGCUCUCUCCGCUCGUAUUUCGUGCCCCAAGAGCCAAGAAACUGUCUACCCCAUUUCGGGAAACAAAGCAACCGAUCCCUAUCACCGCCUGUUUCUCUCCAAUUAUACUAACUCAGAUGGGAGAAAAACCUCAGGAGAUUCCCCUGCGUGUCCAAAUCCAUGAAACCUUAUAAAUUGAUGAGCUUCUCGAUACUCGAAAGCUGGCUCAUGGGGCAUAUUGGAUUAGUCCCUUUCAGUGCUACAUGCAUUGAAAGUUGAACUACUUGAAACAUACAUGUCGUGGUGCUCAUGACUCAAAAACCCUAGUGGAGAAAACAGAGGAAGAAAAUGGUUUCGCAGGAAGAAGAGAAGCUCGCCAAACAGAUGAGCAAAAACAGAGCAAAUAAACAGAGCAAAGUUGCUGCUGCAGAUAAAGAGGUCCAAUUCCAAAGAGAUGGGGUUCGUGUGAAAGCAAGAAGGGGUCAAGCAACUAAUAGUCACAGCCUUGCUGAAAGGGCAAGAAGGGAGAAAAUCAGUACGAGAAUGAAACUUUUGCAGUCCCUUGUUCCUGGUUGUGAUCAGAUAACUGGCAAGGCUCAGAUAUUGGACGAGAUCAUCAAAUACGUCCAGUUACUGCAGAAUCAAGUCGAGUGCCUCUCUGCGCAGCUUGCUUCGGUGGAUCUCAUGCUGUACAUCUGCGAGCUGAACCAAAGUGCAAAUCCAUCUGCUUCCGAGAGACCAUGUUGCUUGGAACCUCAAUUUUCGUCUGCGCUAGAGCCUAGCUCUACCCAGUUCGGGUCUCUGGCGGACGCUACACCGACUUCCGCUUCCAUAUUACUUACAGAGGAACACAGAAAGCCAGCUUAAUCCGUCAGGCAACCUGGGAAAAGAAAGAAAAUAGCGAGAUGGGAAAGAGACUCGAUUAGUUUACUAUUUGUGGUUAAAAGCACGAACUUUGUGAAAUAUGUAGGAGCUGUAAAGUAACUGCGUUAAGUUUAACUGGGCAGUGUGCCCUCUGCCGAUUCUGGUAGAAAUCAAUGAGGGGAGUAUCACUAUCCUGCUGUAUUGCAUCGGAGAGAAUGUUGUCUUCCCUCGACUUUCAUCGUAUAGUCUAUCUAGUCCAUCACCUCGACUUUUUUCGGUGAAGAGCUGCAAAUGCACACACGCUACAACUAUUCGCACUUAGUGCAGCGAAGCGACGAAGAAAAACAGCUUUAGUUACCAACCAUCAACCUUUGUUUUGAAUUUGAUAUAUGUAUCAAGUCAACUACAAUUUCAAGGUUCUUCUUCUUAAAACCAACCGAACGAGUUUCCAGUAGAAUAUGAUUUGUUGCCAGCAGAUUUCCUUUGGCUGAGACGCUGCCCAAUUGUUGCCAGCAGAUUUGGUAAUUGUAUGGUGACUGGUUCAUGAAGAAGCUCUGCAAUUUUCCCAUUUUUUGUAAAUGGUAAAAAAAUUUCUCACAUGAGGAGGGAGGCCACAUAGUUCAAAGUGACCUAACUACCGAAGCCCCCAU